ACCAGAAGCACCCGACCACAUACACCAAAAAAAAUUUACAGGUAAGCCGAAAAAAUUCUGACUCAAAGUUUGAAAUGUAUCUCAUCACUUGAUAGUCUCAUCUAAGAUUAAAUACUUAUUAGGACAAGAUGUUAGACAUUAACGCAUUCCUUGUUGAAAAAGGAGGAGAACCAGAAAAAAUUAAAGUAUCUCAAAAAAAGAGAGGUGACUCUGUUGAAAUUGUAGAUGAAAUUAUCAAUGAAUAUAAAGAAUGGACUAAGAUCAGAUUUGACUUGGAUGAAAAAAAUAAGGCUAUCAAUGCAAUUCAAAAGCAAAUUGGUUUAAAAUUUAAAGCUAAAGAAGAUGCAUCUGAAUUAGUUGCCGAAAAGGAAAAAUUAACAGCUGAGAAAAAAGCUUUAACUGAAGGUGAACAAAAGGCUGAUGCUGAAUUAAGAUUUAAAGUUAAUCAAGUUGGUAAUAUUGUUCAUGAUACUGUUGUUGAUUCUCAAGAUGAAGAUAAUAAUGAAUUAGUAAGACUUUGGAAACCAGAAAAUUAUAAAGAAGUUGCUCAAGUGGCUGCUGCUACUGGUGCUCCAGCUGCUUUAUCUCAUCAUGAAGUUUUAUUAAGAUUAGAUGGUUACGAUCCUGAAAGAGGUGCUAGAAUUGUUGGUCACCGUGGUUAUUUCUUAAGAAAUUAUGGUGUAUUCUUAAAUCAAGCUUUAAUUAACUAUGGUUUAAACUUUUUAGCUAAAAAGGGUUAUACUCCAUUACAAGCUCCAGUUAUGAUGAAUAAAGAUGUAAUGGCUAAGACUGCUCAAUUAUCUCAAUUCGAUGAAGAAUUAUAUAAAGUUAUUGAUGGUGAAGAUGAAAAAUAUUUAAUUGCUACUUCUGAACAACCUAUUUCUGCUUACCAUGCUGGUGAAUGGUUUGAAUCUCCUCAAGAACAAUUACCAGUUAGAUACGCUGGUUACUCAUCUUGUUUUAGAAGAGAAGCUGGUUCUCAUGGUAAAGAUGCUUGGGGUAUUUUCAGAGUUCAUGCUUUUGAAAAAAUCGAACAAUUCGUUUUAGCUGAACCAGAUAAGUCAUGGGAAGAAUUUGACAGAAUGAUUGGUAUUUCUGAAGAAUUUUAUCAAUCAUUAGGUUUACCAUAUCGUGUUGUUGGAAUUGUUUCUGGUGAAUUAAACAAUGCUGCUGCUAAGAAAUACGAUUUAGAAGCAUGGUUCCCAUUCCAAAAGGAAUAUAAGGAAUUAGUUUCAUGUUCAAACUGUACUGAUUAUCAAUCUAGAAACUUAGAAAUCAGAUGUGGUAUUAAACAACAAAACCAAAGUGAGAAGAAAUAUGUUCACUGUUUGAACUCCACUUUAAGUGCUACUGAAAGAGCUUUAUGUUGUAUUUUGGAAAAUUACCAAAAGGAAGAUGGUAUUGUUGUUCCAGAAGUAUUAAGAAAGUAUAUUCCAGGUGAACCAGAAUUCCUUCCAUUCACCAAGGAAUUACCAAAGAACUCUACUUCUCAAAAGAAGAAAGCCGGUAAGAAUUAGAUUUUUUGAUUUUGUUCUCUAUCCUAUACCUAUUUCACAAAAUUAUAAAUUCUUAUAAAUAUAUACAUAUAACAAAUAUUAAUGUGUUAAGUAAAUAAUAAAUAUGCAGUAAUAGACCAUAAAUUAGGUUUUACAGACAGAAUGGGAAUUGAAAUUGCUUAUUCGACAGUUCAUACCAAUACCGAAUUUCAAAUUCACAAAGUCGUCUAUGGAAAUACAACGACCGAGCGCUAGGGAUUCUAUACUCCUCGCUUGAGUACUUAAACUUCUAAUGUAAGGUGUCAC